CUUAAACCCUCGCACUGCGCCCUCUUUCGCCGGAGAGAAAACCCUCACCGCUUCCCAUCUCCUUCCUCGCCGAGUGCUCUGAUGGCGAACCCUAGCUUGUGGAUCCCCCAUGUCGAAGCCUUCAUCGAUGACUCCCGCUCCCCGAAUCAGAAGUCAGCAAGCCUUGAUGCAAUUGCAGCACUUGUGAAGAAAGAUCUUUUAACUCUUGAGACAUUGGUAAGGGAUAUGGAACUUUAUCUAACUACUCCGGACCACAUUAUUCGUAAAAAAGGUAUCAUUCUUCUGGCAGAAAUACUAUCACGUAUUUCUGGGAAAUCAUUGAAUGCUUCCACUAUAGGAAGCUUGGUAGAGUUUUUCACAUCAAGGCUGAUGUACUCUAGCAUUGUGGAGCAUUAUUUGGUUAUGGCAGAUUGGCAAGCCUUGCGAGGAGCACUUAUUGGUUGCCUAGCCCUUCUAAGGAGAAGGAAUACCUUUGGUAUGGUCAAAGGUGGCGAUGCAAAGAUACUGGCUGAGUCUUUUCUUAAAAAUGUUCAAGUACAGUCAUUAGCAGUAGAGGAUCGUAAGCUAUGCUUUGAAGUUCUUCAGUGCCUACUAGACACUUUCCCUGAGGAGAUGGUGACACUUGGUGAUGACCUCGUUUAUGGAAUAUGUGAUGCAAUAGAUGAAGAAAAGGAUCCACGAUGUUUGUUGCUCACAUUUCAUCUAGUGGAGACUCUUGUUCGGUUAUUUCCAGAACCUCAUGGCUUUGUUGCAGAUUUUGCUAAUGAUCUUUUUGAGAUCUUAGGCCGGUAUUUUCCUGUUUAUUUCACUCAUCAAAGAAGCGAUGAUCUUGAUAUUAAAAGGGAUGAACUUUCUGGAGGUCUGAUGAGGGCCUUCUGCUCAACUCCAUACUUUGAGCCACUUGCUGUGCCACUUCUUCUGGAAAAGCUUUCUUCAUCUCUUCCAUUGGCAAAGCUUGAUUCUUUGAGAUAUCUCAAUAAUUGCAUAACAUGCUAUGGAGCUGUUAGAAUGAUGAAAUAUGCCGAAAGUAUCUGGUCUGCUUUAAAAGAUGCAAUCUUCACAUUUUCAAUACCAGGUUUUUCAUCCCCUUCCACAGUGGAAUCUGUCAGGGAGAUGGAACCCCUUGGUGAUCAAAUUGCAAAAGAAACUCUAGCUUGUUUGCAAACUGCCAUUUCAGAGUUAAAUCAUCCAAAGGCUAAUUCAUUUCUGGGUUUGAUCAUUGAAGAUGAUGGUAUUGAGAAAGCAUUCAAUUCAGUAAGUGGUGAAAAAUGCUAUGCAGUUUGUUCCAAAGAAAGCAAAAGGCAAUUGCAGGCUCUUGGAAGUAUCUUAUCCACAUCAUCAAAAGUCUCGAGUGUUUGCUGUGAUAGAGUAUUUAAGAAAUUUUUUAUUUCACUUAUGGGCAUCUUAGAAGUUACCCCCAACAGUCCUGAGCGUUCUUUCAUUAUGAAGAAUAAUUCAUUCCCCAAAGCAGUGAGUUUUGGAGCCAUUUACAUCUGUGUUGAACUUGUUGCCGCUUGCAGAGAUCUAACUUUGUCUACUGAAGUUCUUCCUCAGCAAUUUAUAUCAAUGCAUGACGGAUGGUUUUGUCUACUUAAAUCUUUUGCAACUCCAUUAACGUGCUAUCUUGGAUCUAUAGUGGCUACACUUGAUAACUCCAUAUCGGUAAACGAAGACCAUAAACAGGAAGUCACUGGUUAUGCAGUGAAGGGCUUGCAAGUACUUUCAACUUUUCCAGAAUGUUGCUCACCUUUAUCAAAGGAUGUAUUCAAGGACACGCUAGCUAUCCUUGUGACUGUUAUCAAAGAUAGGCCCAGUGACACAUAUGUCUGGAGAUUGUCAUUGAAUGCUUUGGUCCAAAUUGGUUUAUUUGUUGAUAAAUCCAAUGAUUCUCAGAAAGCAAUGUGCUAUGAGGAAUUUGUUGUUCAAAGGUUGCUUUCGUGGUUUUCAAGUGAUGAUUCAGCUGUCUGCCUUGCUCAAAAUUUGGAGGCUAUUUGUGAAAUUGGUCAAUGGCAAGGCCAGCUCUGCAGAGAUUUUACUUUCUUUGCUAAAGUGCUACUCCCAUCAAGUGCUUCCAUGGUGCACAUUUCUUACUUCUUAUCACAUAUGUAUCCCUUGCAACAGUUUAUGAUAUUUUAUGGUGGUCAUGGUAACAAAAUUUUU